AUGGAAAUAUUUGUUUAUCGCGGCGAAUGGGGACUUCCAUCGAUCGAUUACGAAUGUAACCGGCUGUUGGCAUAUCUGAAAUUUUGCGGUGCGAAAAUAACGGUCAACUUCAAUGGGAAUCCAUUCAGCUCACCGAAUGGUAUGCUACCGUACAUGAUAGCGGACGGGAAGAAGGUUGCCGGAUAUGGACGAAUAGUGGAACAUCUGUCCGCUACCGGUAUAGGGCCACCGAUGGCAAACAAGACCGCCGGCGAGGGAGAUGUAACCCAGCAUGCUACCCGUAUUAACGGUCAUAUGCAGUAUGUCCAGGAUCAUUUGCAUCCCUGCUUUAUGUACAUGCUGUGGGGAGAUCCAAAGAACGUGGACACCACCCGCACGGUGUAUGCGAAACGCAUUCCAAUUCCAUUCAAUUUUUAUUGCCCCAGAAAGUAUGUGCAGCGGACGAACGAUAUCACGCAAUCGUUGGCAGGAUUUUCGUUAGAAGAUUCGAUCGAAUUUCACGACGUGUCUGAGUUCCAACAUAAUGCUAAAACCUGCCUAAACUGGAUUGCAACAAAGCUCGAUGAUAACCGCUGGUUUGUCGGUGACAGCCCCACGGAAGUGGAUGCCAUAAUUUAUGGUUAUCUAUCGGUUUUACUAAAGCUCACCCUACCAAACAACGUGCUCCAGAACCACAUCCGACAGUGUCCGAAGCUGAUGCAAUACGUGGAACGAAUAACGACAACGUACUUUGCAAAGGAAGGAUACAACAGUUUUACUGCAUCGAAAAGCAGCAAUGGUAGUCAACAGAAAGGUUCCGGCACGGAAACGCCAAAUGAUGGCAGUUCUUCAUCAUCCUCUGGUGAACGAUCGGAGAAGAAGAGUGAGAACGAUACCAAGUUUCAUACCGGUCAGCAGCAAGAUCCGGACGAUGGGCCGAAGGAAAGGCGGAAACGCUACAUUUUAUCCGGUUUGGUUGCGGCAGUUGCAAUGGUAGGAUUUGCCGUGCUGAAUGGUAUUUUGACGCUCCCUAGUGAAGGAAAUCAUGGUAAUUUCAUACAUUACGAUGAUCCGGGCGACUAUGACGAUGAUGAUAAUUAG